UGAAACCCCGAAAACCUAACUAAACCCUCUUCUCUCGCCGCCGCCAGCUCAACUCCAGCUGCCAUGGCCCUCUUCGCCGCCGCCGCCGCGCGCCGCGCAGCCUCCUCCGCCCUCCCGCUGCUCCGCGCCUCCCGCGGCGCGGCGCUGCUCCGGCCCCUGGCGGCCGCCGCGGCGCGGCCGAUGCCGUUCUCCUCGUCCUCGGCCAACGCGGUCAAGCCCAGCUCCGACGAAGAGCUCCUCCGCGUCAUCAAGUCCGAGAUCAAGUUCGCCGAGGACUGCGACGACCACGACCGGGUUGAGGAGAUUCCAGACAGCUUCCCUUUCAAAAUCACCGACAAGAAGGGCCUUAAUGAUAUUACUCUUACAAGAACAUACCAGGGUGAGAAGAUUGAGGUUGUGGUUUCCAUGCCCAGCCUUGUCACUGGAGAUGAGGCAGAGGAUGACCAGGAUGAGGAUGACAAAGAGGGAGAUGAGGACAAGGAUGACGAUGGUGAGAAGCCCCCCAAAUCUACUAUCCCUCUCACUGUCACGAUCUCCAAGAGUGGUGGCCCAAGCCUUGAAUUCUGCUGCACUGCCUAUCCUGAUGAGAUCAUGAUCGACACCUUGUCCGUGAAGCAGCAGCCAUCAGGCGAAGAAGAUGAAGAUCUGAUUGCAUACGAGGGUCCUGAAUUCAAUGACCUCGAUGAGAAUCUGCAAAGGGCAUUCCACAAGUAUCUGGAGCUACGUGGGAUCACCCCCAUGACCACAAACUUCUUGCAUGAGUACAUGAUCAACAAGGACAGCCGGGAGUAUCUCUUCUGGCUGACGAAGCUGAAGGAUUUCGUCAAGCAAUAAAGAUAUAACCAUUCCUAGCAUAAGAUCAGCCAAUGUGCUUUGCAAAUUCUAUUUUGAGAGCUCCGAGCCUCUGAACUGCCCUCUGUUCUGGAGAGUAUCAGAGCAAUACAAUGACUAGUGUGCUUGUUAGCAUGUUUAUGAUCGUUUUCGGCGUGAUGAUAACAACUUGUGGCAGUAGAGUUGCAACCAAUUUAGGGCUUUCAAUAGAUACUUCAGUCAGUAUUACUAUUUUCGGAGAAAUAAAUUUUCUUCCUGCUGACA